GUUGUAAAUAUCUCUAGCCACACUCUUGUAAGUUGUAACAUAAUAUAAUCUGUGUAAUUCACAAUUCUUCAUUCCGAAUUAUAACAACAAUAUGGGACUGUCCUGGGUGAAUCAACUUAUUCGGUCAUACAAUGAGACCAUGGAGCUUGCAGAUCCGAGGGCAUUGAAAUAUCCGCUCAUGAAUUCUGUUGUUCCAAAUAUGGUUUCGACUAUCAUCUACCUAUGGGUAGUCCUUUAUGCUGGUCCUAAGUACAUGAAGAAACGUCAACCUCUUCAGCUCAGACCUGUCAUUGCUCUUUACAAUCUAUGCAUGGUUAUAUUUGCACUCUUCUUGUUUUACGAGUUCUUGAUGUCUGGUUGGGCAACUGGAUAUUCAUUUACUUGCCAAGAAUGUGAUUAUUCAAAUUCUCCGCAAGCAUUAAGAAUGGUCAGAGUCUGUUAUCUUUUCUGGCUUUCGAAACAUAUCGAAUUUUUAGAUACGGUUUUUUUCAUUGCAAGAAAGAAAUUCCAACACGUUUCAUUCCUUCAUGUAUUCCAUCAUAGCAUCAUGGCAUUCACUUGGUGGUUCGGUGUAAAGUUCUCUCCAGGUGGCCUCGGCACAUUCCAUGGAAUGAUCAACUCUUUUGUACAUCUUGUUAUGUACACGUACUAUGGUAUCGCAGCUCUUGGACCAGCUUAUCAAAAAUACCUUUGGUGGAAAAAAUAUCUCACUGUGUUCCAGAUGACUCAAUUUGUUGUUGUAUUCUCUCACAUCGGCUAUGUCAUUGCUUUCACCAAUUGCAAAUACCCAGAGGUUUUCAAAUACAUCAUCGGUGCUUAUGGCACAAUAUUCUUCAUUCUGUUUGCUGACUUCUGGACAAAAGCUUACAGCAGAAGACCCGCACAAAAAGUGAAAGAUGAACCUAAAACAGAAUUGACCUCUGAACCCGCUAAGGAAAUAGGAAAUGGAGAAAGUGUCAUCCAAAGGAGAAAGCCUAUUUCUGUCAAAUAAACUCAUUUAACACAUAAAUAUAAACUGUUGAGUUCAAUAUGUUUUCGUCAUUAACGAGGUUUCCUGACAGCUUUCGAUCCAAUUUCCAAGUUAAGUUACAAAAUUGAAUUACUUUUUUAGUUAUAUUCAUGAUGUAGACAAAUUUUAAGUGAUUCAACAUCUUGUUUUUAUUUAUAGAUAUACUAUUUUAUUAAGGAGGUCAAAACAUACCUCUAUGUUAUUAACAUUUUUAUAAAGUAGUUUUCCACAAUUUAUAUUAU